ACAACAAGUGACAAUUGAUUGAUUCUUAAAUUACUUUUAUCAAAUUCUGCAAUCACCUUUCAUUGUUUUGGCAACCCUUUCCAUUUUUAGUAACCCCAUCUUCCUAAGACUCUUCUCCUCCUCCAAUAUCUUAUCACAAAUCAAAAAACAAAAAUAAAAAUAAAAUUGCACAAUAAAAAGUUAACUAGACCUUUUAGGGUUUGAGAAAUUCAAGAUCUCAACUUAGAAGAAAAAAAAAGUUAUGGCUCGUGGGAAGAUCCAGAUCAAGAAAAUAGAAAACCAAACAAACAGACAAGUGACUUAUUCAAAGAGAAGAAAUGGACUCUUCAAGAAGGCUAAUGAACUUACUGUUCUUUGUGAUGCUAAAGUUUCAAUUAUCAUGAUUUCUAGUACUGGAAAGCUUCAUGAAUUUAUAAGUCCCUCUAUCACGACCAAACAAUUGUUCGAUCUGUACCGAGAGACUAUUGGAGUUGAUAUUUGGACUUCCCACUAUGAGAAAAUGCAAGAGCAGCUGAGGAAGCUACAGGAUGUCAAUAGAAAUCUACGAAAAGAGAUCAGGCAGAGGAUGGGAGAAAGUCUAAAUGAUCUAAACUUUGAACAGUUGGAAGAGCUCAUGGAAAAUGUGGACAAUUCUCUGAAGCUUAUUCGUGAAAAAAAGUAUAAAUCGAUUGGCAAUCAGAUUGAUACAUGCAGGAAAAAGUUUAAGAAUGCGGAAGAAAUACAUAGAAAUCUCCUGCUUGAAUUUGAUGCAAGACAAGAGGAUCCAUACGGUGGAUUAGUUGAACAAGAAGGAGACUACAAUUCUAUGCUUGGGGCUCGUAUAUUAGCCUUACGCCUUCAACCAAGCCACAAUCAUAAUCAUCAUCAUCAUCAUCAUCUUCACAGUGGAGGAGGCUCUGAUAUUACUACUUUUGCUCUAGCUUGAGUAGUAAUUAAUUAACCUUAUAUAUUAAUGUUUUCUAAAUAAUCACAUGCAAUGUUUCUUCAUUAGACAUGCAUGAAAGUAUUGACACUUUAGACUAUUGUCCUGCUUUUGCUUUAUUCAGAGUGUUAAAACCUAAAAAAAACUAUAUGGGUGUCAAACUCUAUGGUUUUUUGGAUUGAUGUGUUAUGUGACUUAAUGUUUAAUGUAAUGUUUUAGUAUUUUCUUAUAAAGAUCAUUUGAAAGUA